AGGAAGUAGAAGAAAAAUAUCUUAAUUCUGAGCGUUGUGUUCAGAACUUGAUGGCUGCCUUGGAUAAGAAGGAUAGAGAAGAGCUAGCUGCUGCCCAGGAACUGCAGGACCAGCUGUUAGCAUGUUUUCAGAACCAGACUACUGUGAAACAACUGGAAGAACAUGUGCAACGCCUUGAAAUUCAAAAUACCAAAUUGGAAGCCACUGUUCACAAACAAAGUGACAAGAUUGAAGCCCUGCUGAGAGACCUGCAAGCUUCUGCCUCAUUGCGGGAAGUGGAAGAAAAAUACCUAAAUUCUGAGCGUUGUGUUCAGAACUUGGUAGCUACCUUGGAUAAGAAGGAAAGAGAAACAACAGCUACUGCCCUGAAACUGGAGGACCAACUGUCGGUACAUUUGGAGACUGUGAAACAACUGGAAAAACACAUGCAACAGUAAGAUAAGACCACAGUGGGAUGAAGUGUCUGUUGCUCGCAGAAGCUCAUUAGAAACCACAGGAUAGAUACAUAGCCUUGUUGCAUCACAGCAAAUCAUUAUGGUUUUGAAUGAUGCUCUUGGUUUUGAAUAUUUUACUCUGUUCUUUUGGAAUU